UUGUUUCGCUUUUCUUGGAAGAAAUGAGAAACAGUUAAUCAAGAUUGGAAAGAGUAAAUAACUCACAACCCAGGAUGAGUUCAGAAAGCUGGAAAAAAGCAGAGUGAAAACCUCACAAAGGGCCUCACAAAUCCUUUAAACAGAGCUAACGAGAGCGAGGAAGCCUUGCUCCCAUCAGGACUUUGUCCCCUCCCUGCCAGAAGCUGGCUAGUGAGCACUCGGUCUGCAUGGUCACCCGAGCCAAUUGCAGGAGACCUUAUAAAACGCUGCCCUGCGGAAGGAGCCCUUCUUUGCCUUGUUUGUUUCUCUGAUUGAAAAGCUUCCUAGCCCAAGGCUCUGAUCGGCCGGAGAGCUCUUUGCUGCAAGAAUGCACAUGUCUUUGCAACUUCUUCUGCUUCUCCCUAUUCUGAUUUUCUCCAUCCUAGAGUCUUUCGUGAAGCUUUUUAUACCUAAGAAGAGAAAAGCAGUCAGUGGAGAAAUUGUACUUAUUACCGGAGCUGGUCAUGGAAUUGGGAGACUCACUGCCUGUGAAUUUGCCAAACUUAAAAGCAAACUGGUUCUGUGGGAUAUCAAUAAGCAUGGCCUUGAAGAGACAGCUGCAGAAUGCAAAAAAUUGGGCGCGAGAGUUCACACCUACGUGGUAGACUGCAGUAACAGAGAAGACAUUUACAAUCAUGCAAAGAAGGUGAAAACCGAAGUAGGAGAUGUUAGCAUCUUAGUAAAUAAUGCAGGUGUAGUCUACUCAGCAGAUUUAUUUGCCACUCAAGACCCUCAGAUCGAAAAAACAUUUGAAGUCAAUGUUCUGGCCCACUUCUGGACUACAAAAGCAUUCCUCCCUGCAAUGAUGAAGAAGAAUCAUGGUCAUAUUGUAACAGUGGCUUCAGCUGCAGGAUAUACGGUGGUCCCCUUCUUAUUGGCUUAUUGUUCAAGCAAGUUUGCUGCUGUUGGAUUUCAUCGAGCUCUUACUGCAGAAAUGGCUGCCUUAGAGAAAAAUGGAAUCAAAACAUCAUGUCUCUGCCCUAAUUUCAUAAACACAGGCUUCAUCAAAAAUCCAAGUAUCAGGUUUUUACCUACCCUGGAGCCAGAAGAAGUAGUAGACAAGCUUAUGAAGGGCAUACUGACUGAACAGAAAAUGAUUUUUGUUCCAUCUUCCUUAAGUUUUGUAUCAGUGCUGGAAAGACUCCUUCCAGAACGUUUCCAGAAUGCCAUGAGACGCAUCAUGAAUGUUAAGUUUGAUGCAGUGAUUGGAUUAAAAAACAAAGCACAAUAAAUGCCUUGGAGCAUUUCCUUCAUGAAGAUCAUUACUUCAUGUCAUAUAUUAAGAUAUACUUCCUUCCUGAAGAAUGGCUACUAUUUGAUGUAAUUCAGAUGCAGCUUAUCCAGGACUUGAAGAUUUGAGUGUUUCUAUUUUUUGUGAUUCUCUUUCUCUAAUAACAAAUUUUUCCUGAACCAUACUAAUUUUCAUUUGCCCCCUGACAGUCAUAUCCAAUGAUGAGAGAAUGCUCUCAUUUUUGCACCUUGGUAUCACAAACUAUUCCACCUGCAGAAUAGCUUACAACCUCCUUUGAUGACAGCUCUUCAAAGCUCACACUCAAAUUUUUAUACUUCAGUUACAUGUAAGUUUUUUAACAAUUCAACAUUCUAGAAGAGAUGACUCCUCCUUUUCUCUAUGACAUCGUUCAGAACUUUUUUUUUUUUUAACCCAGACCUGUGAUAUCAACAGUAUAGGGAAGUCUUAGUCAGGAAAAUGUCUGUAUCCAUACAGAUCUGCAACUGUACUUCAAUUUAAAGUCUUCAAGAGUUUCCUGGAACACUGAAAGGCUAGCCAAGUCACGGAGGCAGUAUGUGUCAGAAGUUGGGCUUGAACCCAGAUCUUAAUAUGUCUCUAAUCAAAAGAUAGAAGUGUAUCAUUAUCUGAGUGAAGUUGACUGUAGGGGCAUUUGGAGACAGAACUUCCUUUGGAACAAGAAAUGGUGAUUCAGACAAUUUGUUAAGUUUUUUUUCUGAAAUAUAACAUUUUUUUUUUUUUUACAAAGAGGUUUAAAAUAUGGGGAUGUUAAGAGGAAAUGACUGGGGCAAAAACAAAAGACAAUAGAACUUUUUUUUAAAAGAGGGAAAUAUCCUCUAUUCUAAUACCAAGUUUUUUGUCUCAGGUAUGAAACUAAGGAAUUAUAGAUGUAUUGUUGAAAUGGAAAUAUCUCAACAAUAAACUUUUGGACUUGAGGCAAGGAACAUAUUUAUGAAUAAUGAUAAUAAAGGAAUUAAAUCUAAA